UCACACAUCUCCCUUUCCCUUGCCGCAUGGAACCGACCGCCAAACGCCACUGAUCUAUGUCUUCCUCCCAAUCCACCCGGAAUCGCUGCUCCCAUUGCAAUGCUCCGCUGCCCGUUGAGAGCCCACCACUGAGCCUCAGCGGUCCGAGGUUCGGGCUUUGUGCCAAUUGCCUUCUCUCGUCCAGUGGUUCCCCCACUGCCGAGGCCGCACGCUCUCCAGAUGGGAAUCCGCGCUCGCCAGCGUCCGACGAUGAGCCAACAACCGCCGGUGCCCCGCGACCCCCCAUCCGCGGCGCAGUCUCCAUUCUAGAUUCCGUCAUCCAGACCUACAUGUCCAUACUUUCAAAUUACCUUGACGAGACUCCUGAUGGCACGCCCUUCCGCUCGUCGACCGAUGUCCGGGCUAAUCCCCGAGCCGAUCCCCGAGCCGAUCCCCGAGCCGAUCCUCGAGCCGAUCCCCGGAAUUACGCCUUCAACAACCAUGAUCUCAACGAAAUCCUGGCCCAUCUGUUCCAAAGCUCCUCCACCCCGGAUGACGCGGUGUCCGACGCCGCACUGGCCGCCCUUCGUCGGCUGGAGGCCCCGGCCGCCGACUCGACCCUCUGCCGCCUGUACAGUUCGAAGGUUCUGCUGUCGCUGCAGAAUUUUGUCACUCACGUGCGCGAUGGUCAACCCCUUGACGAGACCCUUUUCUACUGCUCCAUCUGUCAGGAUCCCCUGGUGGCGGGCAUCCUCUCGGAGGCGGACUUGGCCCCCGGCAGCCGGGAAGCCGAUCCCAACCAGGAAAUCCCCCUGCCAGAUUACUCGAUCGACCAGGCAGCCAUCCUGGUGGAGCUACCCUGCAACCACACCUAUCAUGAGGAGUGCAUCAUCCGGUGGUUAACCCAUCAUUCCACCUGCCCGGUGUGUCGUAAACGUGUGGACGAGCCUGUCAGCGAAACGCCCUCCCGGGGGGAUCGACCCGCCGGCGGUGCUCCAUCGCCCUCGGCCAGUGGAUCGGUCAGCUCCCAGAGCUCCACCCAAUAUCAGUCUGCUUCAAGUGGCAGCCUGCAUGGCGGGGGGGAGCCAUCAUGGCAGCGACAGCCGACCGGCAGCUCGACAUCGCCAUCCUCUCGCCCGGCAGCUGAGGAUCCCGACUCCCUGCAUGUUCCUUUCAGCAUGGACCUGUCAGACUCCGAUGAUUGAAGAUCACUGCAUGCUGCUUCCCUCCCUCGCUUUUCCCCCCUCCUGUCCUUUCCGCACGGAGGGCGUGUGUUUGCAUGCAGAAAUGAAGAGAACAUCAAUCGA